CAAUGAUAAAUGUUUUGGAGUCAUCUUCGGUUAGCCAGCUAUCGGGAUAACAUGUUGGGAGUUGUCAUUUUUACCAUCGGUCUAAGUGCCGUCUUUGGAGCUGCACAAAAGGGUGAAUAUCGUUGCUACGAUUGUAACUAUGCUCCAUCCGGUUACGUCAGCAAACGCCCAAACUAUUGGGAUGUGGUAUCCCCCAACGCUGGUUAUCUGGCGUGUGCUCUCACCGACUAUGCUGAUGCUGCCUCCUUGGACAAAUGGGCAUGUAAAUCCGGAAAGUGUUUCAUAAGAAAGGAUCCAAAUGGACUUGUGUAUCGUGGUUGUGCUAACAAGGAGAACUUGCCCUAUGGUGUUGAUCCUUACAAACAAUGUGCAUACCAAGGAGAUUCCCUCUGGUACUUCUGCGACGGUGACCUUUGUAACAAGAAACAGUUGGGUGAUUAUGGAGUCUGUGGGUACAAGCCAAAAUACGAACAAGCUGCUUACAAUCCUUGUGACUCAAAAUGCGAUUACAACCCAAGUGGCCUGUUUCCGGACAGUAACAACAAGAAUGGUUUUAUCAAAUGUGACUGUAAAUAUAGGACUGGUCCCUACACCGGCAAGAGGAAGACUUGUAUAUCUUGCAAACCUUUCUAUUUGAAUUGCCCAUACGGGACAGCUUUCGACGAAUACACAAAGGUUUGUAGCAAAGCGGCCUAUGCGAAAUACCAACGAAACUUUGAAGAACCAGCCUACCCUGUCCCUACUUACAGGAGACCAGUUUAUAAACCAAAGAAAGCAGUGUAUGUCGCUCCCGCAUACGAAGUACCAGUCUAUGGUGUACCAUACAAACAACCUGUAUAUCUUCGUCAACAAACGGCCAACUGGCGGAUCCAUGGAUGGAACGCGGGUCGAUAAAAAAGUGAACGACUCAAGGAACUAUGGACGAAAGAGAACGCUGUCGACAAACACAUUGUAUUGUUAAUAAUCUGAAAUAAAUGGUAUUACUCUGCCUAAUUAAGAAUCCUUUUGUUGAACCAAAUGAAUAAAGGACACCGAAACUACCAUAUCUAGUAUUUAUGGAAAUAUCAAAGAAUAUAGCACUUUUAUACCAAGAGGUGCCCAUAAAUUAUCAGUCCGGA